CAUCAUGAUUUACAUCAAUCUGUGUAAUGUUUCCUUCUCAGAAACAAAAGACCAUAUAGUCACGAUAAGGACUGUGUAAAUGAUUAAUUAAAUAUUCAAGUAAAGGACUGUUCCUUCUUACUUCACCCCAAUGCCUAAAGGUUCGAAUUUCUCAUAAAUUGUGUAAAAUACCAACAUUGCUCUGUUGUUUCCCUUAGCAGAGCUGUAAAGUGUGCACCCUCGAUGCAUACAGAAUAAAACAUGUAUCAACGUCUAGACAAGCAGCGUCAUGAUUGUCCCAUCAGAAAGUCAGCUUGCGGAAAGUAUUGCUUUAAAUUAUGCUAAUUGAUAUUAGUUCCAGCUAGUCGAUCACCUAUCGUUACUCCUAUCUGUUGGCCGCAAAAUUGUACCGCCUCACUGAACCUUCCUUUCGUGUCCUGGUUUUCCCUCCUUCAUCAAAAUGAUGUACUACGAAUCGUGCUUCAUUUUCCUAGUCAUUGCUUCCCCACGGCAAUCUACUUCCCUUAGUUCCGUUAAAUCGUCCUGCGUUUUAAAAUAUGAUGCCUUUUAUUGUUCGUUUCGUUAGCUUUACAUGUGGCCUUCUUCCCCCUGGCUAGGGAGGAGAACCGCUCAGUUGAAUAUGGAUUUUCACUACCCUGAAGCGGCACUCCUGACGCUGCAAAGCCGGAACGAACCAUUCAGGGAAUGAAUAAAAACGCAAGCCGACCGGAAGUGAUUUACUGACUAUCAGAUUGGGUGGAAAGCGAAUCGCAAAUCGGACUGCAAAUUGGCUGUGGCUGGGAGGGAUGCUUAAUAACGUUUCCAUGCGAUGGGGAAAAUGGUGAUGAGCUUUCGCGAAAAUGCGCCUGACGUGCUAAAUUAGACGGGAUAACUUCGUUGUAGAUGGUGGAUGAUACGUGUUCCCCGCACUAUUGUUACCGUACGGGAGGAGGAACGAAACUAUAGUGGAAUUAAAUUUGACAUGGUACAGUGAUCGAUUAGUUUUGGAUAAGGUAAGGUCGUUUUAGGAUUUAAUUAUUUGAUCCAUUCUUUACUUUCUUGCAGACUUUGCUCGAUUUACGAGCAUUGGAGGAUUUUUAAAUUUGAGAGUAUAUUGAGUUAAUUUUUGAAAUUAUGUCAUUUCAAAUUCUCCUUUUGUUCAUGGAAAAAACGUUCCUAUAAUUUAUCGAUUUAAUUUUUGAAAGAAGUAAUGUGGUGUAUGUGAUAAACGGCGACGGUUCCAUACGGCAGAAACGCGUAUCAAAUCCCUUCCGGAUCGUCUCUCCGUAGCAAGGACUGACUAUCCUGCCAUUUGAAGCUAUUUAAAAAAACAUCUUUAAUACGAAACAAUUUAUCUGAUGCAGCAGAUUUCAUUGUGCAAGUUUAAAAGCAUUCCCAAAAAAAGAGCUACACUAGACGCUGAUUAAUCGUUGAUUAAGUAAAAUUCUUCUAAUCACAACCGUGAAGCUAUUUAAUUAAGCUGGUACCCCACAAAGCGUUGAACCGAUUCCGAUUAUUGGUGUAAAUAAUCGAUUUACAACCGUUGACACACAGCUUCUUUUCGUAAUCGGAAUCGAAAAACGGUGAAAAAGCAUCUGCCCUGUCGCAGGGUCGACAGGGAUGCACCCACCGACCACACUUUAGCGGUCAGCGGUCAUAUUAUUCGUGCUUUGCACAAGACUUAACUGGUUCGGUUUAAUCUCGCCCUCUAAUCGUACCAACUCGUAGCGAAGAUGCACAACCAGGCACCAAGCCGCAGCAGCUUAAUUUCGGGACCAGCUCAAUCUGCUUCCUCAGCCCAGCGUGCGCUUUGCGUGAAGCGCAACAUUUAUCACCGGUGACCGUGAAAAUCUAGCGCUAGUUCGAUCGAUACCACCACCACCACCACCAUGGGGCGAUCGGUUCGAUGAGCCGCGCGGCAAGUGUGACCGAAGCGACUACGGCAGCCCGUUAGAUGCCGCUCAGUUUCGCGUUGAUCGUCGCGCGCUAAUGAUCGUUUGCAUCGAACGGUUGGCAUCGUAAAGCGUGUUUCGGUGCGUAACGCGAACUAGUUCGAGGUGGAACUAUUGCAGUUCGUGCGUGUAGUGGAUAAAAUAGCGGAAAGGGAAGGUGCAAGAAGGGCCACCGACCGUGUGCAAGCAACAUCAUCAUCCAGUGCAUCCUGUGAAGUGAAGUGUCCUGAAUUAGUUUUUCCAUCCAACGUUCGCCCGGGGGAAACGUAAACGGAAUCGAAUCGAAACGACGUCCUUCAAACGUGCAGGAAUUGGGUGCGUUUCCGUUUUAUCGUCAAUUUUUACUCGCCCGUAGGAGCACGAAAGCAUCUGGCCAAACGUACAACCUACAGACAGCCACGAUGGUGCUAAGCGAAGGACAGCUGGCACUGUGCACGGUGUUCACCCUAUGGUUGGGUGGUUUACCUUUGAUGUACUCACCGGCUCCCCGAGGUGACUGUGAUAAUUGUUGUCCCAUAAGAGAACCAAAGGAUAUACAGUUUUUCCUCUUCACAAGAGAAAAUCCGGACAACGGUGACACUUUGUUCGUGUCGGACAAGAAACACCUGCGAGCGUCUCGCCUUAAUCGUACCAACCCGCUGGUGAUCUAUCUGCACGGAUUUUCCGAACGUGCACCGGGCGGUUCCGGUGAAAGCAGCAAACAGAUGAAGGAUGCACUGCUGGAAGCGGACGACUACAAUGUGGUGUUGGUCGACUGGAGUCCACUAACAGCCCUACCGUGGUAUGUCAACUCGGUCCAAAAUGGUCCCCGCGUUGGACGGUAUAUUGCGCGCUUCGUGCGGUUUCUCGUGAUGUCCGAGUUUCCGCUCGAGAAGAUACAUCUGAUCGGGUUCAGUCUGGGUGCCGAGGUGGCCGGUUUUGCUGGUAAAACGCUCAACGAGUGGGGUCUAAAGCUGCCACGAAUUACCGGUCUGGAUCCGGCAUUUCCACUGUACGUCUUCGAGAAAGCCUCACAACGUCUCAGCCCAAAGGAUGCAGAGUUUGUGGACGUCAUCCAUACGGACGGUGGCCUGCUGGGCUAUCCUUGGCCAUUAGGACACGUGGAUUUCUACCCGAACGGGGGUGUCCCAUUGCAGCCCGGCUGUGCACAGCAGGAAUUGGCCAAGAACCGUUGGUUGGGUGUAUUUAUUGGGUGCAGUCACGCUCGGGCCUGGCAAUACUUUGCCGAAUCACUGACGCGCCCGCAAGGAUUUCUGUGCGACCGUUGCGAACCAAACGAAACGACCGGAACCGGAACGGGACGAUCAUCUCGCGACACCGCCAACUGUACGAUGGCCGGGAAUGUGUUUAUGGGCAUGUACACCGAUCGGACGCUUCGGGGCAAAUUCUACCUGAGCACAAAUCCACAGCCACCGUUCGGUAAACAUCUUAUGCCGAAAGAGGCGCAACAGCAGAAGCGACAGUUGCAGCAACGAAAAUCCUAAAAUGCCAAAACCCUGCGCCCAGCUUCCGGCAAAUGCGAUGGAAAGCUGACGCGCACGCGAUAGUGUGUAGGUAGGUUUUAUGUAAAUUAAUAAUAAAUUCAAAUUUUAAACUCCAACUA